AUGGCAUUUAGUAAUCUAUUUCGUCGUUAUUCUGGAUCGAAUGAUGCAUAUUCGGUUUCGUCGACUUAUGCAGAAAAAAGCUCCAUUGUCGAAACUUUGUUAGAUGAAUUAGAAAGUCAAUGUCAAAAUUGUCUUAACUCAAGUUUACGAAAUACUCAAACGUUAAACAGUUCCUCAAGUGGUGGAUUCUUGUCAACAUCAAGUUCCUCGUUAACUGUAAUGCCAGCAAAGCGACAUUCGUCAGUAGAUUAUUCAUGGUUAAGACCAAGCAAUAAUCUUCUACAACCAACGAAUGAAACCUAUCACUUACCUGAUAUUCUCAAAAUAGAACUAAGUGCAUUGAUACGGAAUGUUCUACCUGAAGAUUGUACGUUGAUUAUCAAUCAAUUUCGUCGUCAUAUACGUGCACAAACGAAAGCGUUAACACCGGAAAACAUCAUCGCAUUAUUUCGAGCGACUGUUGCGGAUUAUAUUGAUCAAAAGUCCACAAUUCGUUCGAAUAUGACGAGCAGUACUGAAAUGAUUAGUUCGAGUUCGAAAAAUAAUCACAAAACAGCUUCGGCUAUCUAUUCGUUUGUUCGGAACAAUCGUGUUAAUCCAAAACGUCAAUGUGAUGAUGAACAGCAUUGUAUUGCUGAAUUAACAGAAAUUUCUAUUACAUCGUCUUCAAAUGAUGGGGCAGAUACGAGUAAAUUUCGUUUGAAUAGGCACCUUUAA